AUGCGAGGUUUUCAUCUUUUCAGCGCUCUUUCUCUGCUGACGGGAAGCUUGGCAGCAACCUUCCCGAAUUGCACCCAGUCGCAGAUUGCCACGCUGGAGACAGCUAUCGAUCGCGCCACCAACAAAUCUUAUACGGUCAUAGAGUAUCUGGAGGACAACCCCAAUGGAAGUGACCUCCAAACAGCUUUCUUUGGUGCUUUCAGUACCGAAAGAUAUAACAAGGUUCUGAAUGCCUUCAAGAAAUUUGCGCCUGAUCUUGCAACAAAAUUCAGUUAUGCUUGUGACUGCCAAAACGAUUUUGUGAUCGCAACACCUACUAACACAUACGGACACAUGAGUAUUUGCAGCGUGUACUUUAAUGAAGCUGUUGUCCCGCCGAAGGGCCAGCAUCGUUCGCAGUGGGACACUCUUAUCCACGAGGCAACGCACUUCGCAGAGGUGCUGCGUACCUACGAUCACGCCAACGGCGUCGAAGCUUGCAAAGCACUCGCCUUGGUAGAUCCGGACGACGCUGUGAACACCGCAGAUUGUCAUGCUCGAUUUGCGGUUGAAGUUCCGCCUUUCGGACCUUAA